AUGGAGAACAUCACUAGCAGCAUGGAUAACGUGGCUUUGGCCAGUGCAACAUACACAGUCUACCUCGUCAAACAAGAAUGCAGUUCCUCUGCACCUGAAGGCGGUUUGGCCAUCUUUGUUUACACCAAUGAAGGCGAAGACAGCGGCGACAUUCACUUCAUUGAGUCUGGCAAUGCCAGUGUCUCUGGAUUAAGCUACCAGCACCAGACUAUCCGCGUUGAUGAGAUCAACCAGAUGGGAGAAAACUUAAUGCCAAUAGGCACUACCCCUGCCCAGAAAUAUCCUGGUAGUUGGGUUGAGGUGAUGGGGAAGUUGCCUCUUUUGUUAGCCAAUGAGUCUAAUUAA